AUGGAAGUCAUCAAGACGCGUAUGCAGCUACAGGGAGAGCUGGCACACAACGUGACGCGCGGUGCGGCACCCGUGGUACAGUACCGCAACUUCGCUCAUGCUUUCUACACCAUUGGACGCACCGAAGGCCUGCGCGGUAUUCAGCGGGGACUUGGUCCUGGUAUCUCGUACCAGAUCUUCAUGAAUGGACCGCGCCUGGGAUUGUUCGAGCCAAUGCAGAAGGUUUUUGGCGCAACAGACCCCACGGCCUACUCAUUUCCGAUUCGCAACGUGUGCGCUGCAGCCACCUCUGGAAUGAUCGGAGCCUUCAUCGGCAGUCCUUUCUUCCUAGUAAAGGCACGAAUUCAAGCGGCCAGCUCAGCAGGGAAAAUCAAUGCGCAAUACGCGUAUAACGGAAUGAUGGACGGAUUUCGGCAGAUUGUCAAGGCCGAUGGAUUAUUUGGGCUGUAUCGUGGAGCUACGGCGUCGAUUCCGCGUGUUGCAAUUGGCUCAGGCACGCAAUUGGCCACGUAUACACAGGCAAAGACACUCGUGCUCGCAGCGGGCUUUGAGGACGGUGUGCAAGUUCACUUGGGCUGUAAGGUUGUCAUUCGAGUAUCUUGA